AUGAAGGAGAAUCAGCCAUUUCCCCCACAUAUUCGGUUCCCUCAUAUCAUGGACUACCGAAGUGCCGUUCAUGCUGAGUGGAGGGAAGUGCUAGUGACGCCCAAGUAUACGUGGAAGGAUGCUCCGGACAGGGGCAGAGGUCCUGUCGCCGCUUCCUGGGCCAACCGUGUGAAGGAGGAACGUAUCCGUGGAAUUCCCAUAAUAUUCGUCAUGGUCAAAGUUACCAAAGUGAAUGGCAGCAGGAAGGCCUUCGCUUCUGAGCUCGCCGAGGAAGCUGGAAGCAGCCACCCCAUCCACCCUGAACAAGGCUUCAAAGGGGAGUUUAUAAACAUCAAAAUUUUCAAAGUGGACGAAGUCCCGUUACUCACCGCCUAUCCGACGGUAGCCCAAGGAUACCUGAAUGUGGGCGCCAACCUGAAGGGACUGGCGGCAGGAAGGACUGAAAACUCUUCAUCACUCAUGCACCCAUUCAGAGUUAGCAAUAGUCAUGAUGAAAGCAUGAUACGUGCUUACUCGAUGUCGCGCGCCGGCGGAAAUAGGGAGGAAGUCCCAGAGUCUUAG